AACUCUCUUUUAUUCUUUUCUCAAAAAAAACUCCUCUUUUCUAUUCUCAUCGUCCAAAUCAAACCCGACUGGAAGAAGCUUCCUUUUCUCUCUUCUCAGAUAUCUGUCACUCUGAUAUAUAAAUAAAUAAUUUUUUUUGAAGUAUUUUUCAAUUUCCGGCGAGCAACAAAAAAUGCAGGCAUCAAGAGCAAGGUUGUUCAAGGAAUACAAAGAGGUUCAGAGAGAAAAGGCUGCCGAUCCCGAUAUUCAACUAGUUUGCGAUGAUUCUAACAUAUUUAAGUGGACUGCUCUUAUCAAGGGACCAUCUGAGACUCCUUAUGAAGGUGGAGUGUUCCAGCUUGCUUUUGCUGUUCCUGAGCAGUACCCUUUGCAACCUCCUCAAGUUCGGUUCUUGACAAAAAUAUUUCAUCCCAAUGUGCAUUUCAAGACAGGAGAGAUUUGCCUUGAUAUAUUGAAGAAUGCAUGGAGCCCUGCUUGGACUCUUCAGUCUGUUUGUAGGGCUAUAAUAGCUUUGAUGGCUCAUCCAGAACCUGAUAGCCCACUUAAUUGUGAUUCUGGCAAUCUUUUAAGGUCUGGUGAUAUCAGAGGAUACCAGUCUAUGGCAAGAAUGUAUACCAGACUUGCUGCCAUGCCCAAAAAAGGAUAAACUUAUGGUGCUAUAAACCUGUCUUAAACCUUAAGAGCGGAUUGUUAUUGCUGUUCACUAUUGUGCUUUUCAAACAUUGUGAUAGAAAUUCAAGAAUAUUUCCAGCUUUUCUGAUCCAAAAUAUAGAUUUUAGCUA